CGCGCCAGAUGAAUUUCUGUCAAUGCUGCUGCUGCAGGCGGGUGGUUUCCUGAGGAACGGCAAAUAGAGCAUUUUAAUCACAUUUAAACUGAACUCCAGUCUGAUCCCCUUGUGAAAAUGCCCAGAACUCGCUCUCAGAGCCAGCCCACCCUCCAGUUCCCCAGGCGCAAGUCGUCCAGGGUGAUCUCCCGCUCUAAAAGCUCCUCUCAGCCUGAUUCAGAAGAUGCAGUGGACGUCCAAAACAACCCCCUUUCUCCACGAAAGACAAAUGUAGCGAAUGUCCGGUGUAUCCCUCUCUCACCCAGGAGGGCAGAUGUCGACGUCCAAACUACCCCUCUUUCUCCCAGGAAGACAAACGUGGACAUCCGAACCCUUCCCCUAUCUCCCAGAAACCCCAUGCUCAAAAGCAGCUCUCUGAAUGAGCGGCAACCCCUGAGCCCCCGCAAGCGCACAGGUGAUGAGAAUGGAUGCAACUUACCAGCCGCUCUGCUGGGUUCUCCUCCUAAACAGAGCCGACCCUCUCUGGCCUCCCCCCGCAAGCUGUCCUUCAACGAGAACACACUCAUUUUCUCUUCUCCUCCUCGGUCUACCCCCUUGUCUCCCAAAGUCCCUCUCCCGUCCCUUGUUGAAGCCUCUCCCAGACGCUUACUGGCCAUCAGUACUGAUUCUGAGUCACCAGGGAAGGCCCCAGUCACACAACGUUUCACUGAACAAAAGUCGCAUUACCAGAGUGUGAAGCAGUCUCUGCACACAGCUGUGCCUGAACGGCUUCUCUCUCGUGAAGCAGAGCGAGCCACCAUUGUGUCUUUCCUGGAGAACCACGUGGUACCUGGCAAGCCCUCUAGCCUUUACAUCUCUGGCGCUCCAGGAACUGGGAAGACAGCUUGUCUGAACUGCGUGCUUCAAGAACACAAGGCUCUCCUCAAGGGAGUGCAGACUGUGGUGAUUAACUGCAUGACACUGCGUAGCUCCCAUUCCAUCUUCCCUAUGUUGGCCGAGAAGUUGAAGUCCUCCAAAGGCCAGAGUGAUGGCAAACUUGAGAAGCUUCUAACCAGUUCAGGGCCUACUGUACUACUGGUUCUGGAUGAGAUGGAUCAGCUGGAUAGCAAAUCCCAGGAUGUCCUCUACACCAUCUUUGAAUGGCCUUUUCUUCCCAAGUCUCGGUUAUGUCUUAUAGGUAUUGCAAAUGCUCUGGACUUGACGGACCGUAUUCUGCCCAGACUGCAGGCUAAACCUCAUUGCAGACCACAGCUCCUUCAUUUCCCUCCAUACAGCCGCCAAGAACUGACAGCCAUUGUCCAGGACAGGCUCACACAGGUGUCAGGAGAGGAUCUUCUAGAUGCUGCUGCUGUUCAGUUUUGUGCUAGAAAGGUGUCUGCAGUAUCAGGAGAUGCUCGAAAAGCUUUGGACAUCUGCAGGAGAGCCGUAGAGAUGGUUGAGUCUAACAACAGAUCCAAAAUGCCAUCAGAGUCUACAGCCAGUAAUAAAGCAUCACGUGUGAGCGUUCCUCAAGUAGCAAAAGUGCUGUCGGAAGUGUAUGGGGACCGCAUGGCAUCUAGCAGUGGAGGAGAUGGUGAAAGUUUCCCCCUGCAGCAGAAACUGCUGGUCUGUUGCCUGCUCCUGCUCACCCGCAAUGGCAAGAGUAGAGAGGUCCAGUUAGGAAAGCUAUGUGAGGCCUAUAGCAAACUAUGUCAGCAGAGGCAGGUCAGUGGAGUGGGGCAAGGUGAAUGCCUCUCUCUCUGCAGUCUGCUGGAGAGCAGGGGCAUCUUCUCUCUCAAAAAGGCCAAGGAAGCACGACUCACCAAGAUCUCUCUGAAGAUUGAAGAGAAGGAUGUAGAGAAUGCGCUGAAGGAUCGUGCAUUACUGGGCAGCAUCUUGGCUGCAGGCUUGCCUUAAAAUCAUAAAAUCUACAGCUCAGUGUUUGUCAUCAUAUAAGGGACACUUUCAGACCUUAUGUACAAAUAUUUAUUUUUGUAGUUUAUUUUUUUCCCCUUUAACAUGAGGGGGGUCUUAUUUGGUUUUACCUAUUCAAUUUCAGAAUGUCACCAUAGUAGUGCAGACUUGUUUACAUUUUUAGUUUUGUUUCAUGGUAAAGAUGUAUUUUGUGUUUAAUAGAUGUCACAGUACAUUUACCAUUUAAUAAAUGUACAGGAAUUUUAAUCAGUCACUUGAACAA